UAUAUUUCUUUUAAUAUUUCAGUUUCUUUUUGGUGAUCUGCUCAGCAGUCCUCAUCUUCUUGUUUGUCCUUCCUUCCACAUCGUUCACUCAGAGUCUAGAAGAGGACAAUGCCGCCCAGAGUAGGUAAUAGAAGUCGGGGCCGUGGUGUUCGUACAGCUAGAUUAGCUGAUAUUGGUCGACCUCCUAGGGAUCCUACAGUUGCACCUCCGCCUCUUGAAGGGGUGGCAGAUCAUGAGUUAUCUGAGAGCCGAGAAGGACAUGGAGAAUCUGUUUCUCAUGGUGUUGAAUCAGGGGCAUAUCCGACUACACCAUCGCUUUCCUUGGCACCUGCAGUUGCACCUCCUGUUGCACCUGUAGUUCCACCUUUUGUUCCACCUGUAGUACCAGCCCAUCCUUUCCAGAUAAAUGCAGACUUGGGUGCUUUUGUGGCACAAGUAGUUACAGCUGCUGUUACAGCCAAACCUAGAGAUCCGUGGGAGAUAGUGGAUCGUGCUAGACGUUUGGGAGCUUAUGAUUUUGAGGGUUCCUCUGAUGCUGACAUUGCAGAUAAAUGGUUAAAGAAAGUGCUAAAAGUGUUUGAAUUAAUGAUGUUGACUGAUCCAGAGAAGGUAGAUAAUGUACAUGGUUUGCUUCAGGGUAAGGCUGAUGCUUGGUUCGAUGGCAUCCGUCGUAGACAUGGAGUCAGACUGACUUGGGAUCAAUUUAUUCAUGAAUUUCGCCAGGAAUAUUUGUCAGAUAGUUACAGGAAAGGAAAACAGGAUGCCUUUUUCAGGCUGUUUCAGGGAAGCCUCUCAAUAAGAGAGUACGUUGACAAGUUUGAAGAUCUUUAUUGCUUUGUUUCAGAUAUAUUGCCUUCUGAGGAAGCAAAAUCUGACCGAUUCAGACAGGGUCUACAUGUUAAUAUCAGAUCAUCUAUGACCUGGUUCAGAGGUAAUAAUUUCAGAGAGUUGGUGGAAGCAGCUUUGAAUGUUGAAAAAGUUAAGCAAGAAGAGAAAGAGUAUGAACAGAAGAUGAGUAGAAAGCAUUUGCAGGGCUCACAAGGGUUCAGAGAAAGACCAGCAAAGAGAGGGAGCAGUUCAUUUCAGUCCCAAGCUGGAUACAGUGGUAGCGGUAGAGGUUCCUUUGUUAACACAGAGCAGCAGGUUGCUCGACCACAGUCUAGUCAGAGUUCAGUAGCACAGUCAGUGGGUAGUUCCUUUAGGGCACAGACACGUGGACAAGGACAAGGAUAUGAUUCUGGAAAAUUCGAUAGGGGUUGUUUUGAAUGUGGUUCUUCGGGACAUUUUAAGAGAGAUUGUCCAUUGCUGAUAGCCAGAGACAGUGGUUCUCAGCAAGGAUCAGUGGCGCCUCAGAAUCUAAGGUCUGGUGUGACACCAUCACAGGGUGUACCUACGGCACAAGUGGGGCCUGGCACAAGCAGAGCCAGUGGAGCUACUUCAUCUUCUCAGUCUAGACCAACGAUGCAACCCGGCAGACCUCGCACUCAGGCCAGAGUUUUUGCUGUGACACAGCAGGAGGCACGAGCAUCUCCAGAGGUGGUGACUGGUAUGUUAACUAUUUUUGGUAAAGAUGCACACAUUCUUAUAGAUCCUGGUUCUACUCACUCUUUCAUAUCUCAAUCCUUCUCUGAGCAUACUGAUAGAGAGUUAAAACCUUUAGACUGUGGAUUAGCUGUGAGUACUCUAGUUGGGGAUUCUGUAGUAUGUGAACAUGUGUAUAGGGAUUGUGUUGUUAAGUUGGGCGACCAUGAGUUGUUAGUGGAUCUAGUUCCUUUGUGUCUACAAGAUCUGGAUGUCAUCUUAGGUAUGGACUGGUUAUCUCGUCAUCAUGCCACAAUAGAUUGCUUUGAGAAAUCAGAGGUAUUUAAUAGUCCAGAAGGGUCUAAGUUCACUUUCUUUGGGGAGAGGCAUUUACUUCCUUCUUAUGUGAUUUCCGCCAUGACUACUAGGAAGAUGCUUCGGAAGGGUUGUCAAGCAUACUUAGCCUAUGUGAUGAACAGUAGUCGGGAAGGACCUAAAUUGGAAGAUAUACCAGUAGUAAGCGAGUUUUCUGAUGUAUUUCCUGAAGAGCUUCCUGGGUUGCCUCCAGAUAGAGAGAUUGAAUUCUCUAUUGAUUUGAAUCUAGGUACAGCUCCUAUUUCUAUGGCACCAUACAGAAUGGCCCCAGCAGAAUUGAAGGAGUUAAAAGCACAAUUGCAGAAGCUACUUGAUAAAGUGCGAAAUAAGUAUCAUUUACCCCGCAUUGAUGAUCUUUUUGAUCAGCUUCAAGGUGCUAAGGUAUUCUCCAAGAUUGAUUUGCGGUCUGGGUAUCAUCAAUUGAAGAUCAAAGAGGUGUUCAAGCCCUACUUGGAUAGCUUUGUUAUUGUGUUUAUUGAUGACAUCUUAGUAUAUUCCCGUAGCAAGGAAGAGCAUGAGAAGCAUUUAUGGAUAGUACUGCAGAUUUUGAGAGAUAAACAACUAUAUGCUAAAUUGAGCAAAUGUGAGUUCUGGCUUGAUCGGGUGGUUUUCUUGGGGCAUAUUAUCUCAGCAGAUGGAGUUUUGGUUGAUCCUAAGAAGAUUGAAGCAGUAGUCAAUUGCGAUCCUCCAACGAAUGUUACAGAGGUUAGAAGUUUUCUGGGCUUAGCAGGGUAUUAUCGUCGCUUUGUUCAGGAUUUCUCCAUCAUUGCAGCACCAUUGACUAAACUCCUUCGAAAGAAUGCAAAGUUUGAAUGGACAGAUGAAUGUCAAGAGAGUUUUGAGAAGCUUAAAACGUGUCUCACAUCAGCCCCAGUUCUUACCCUACCCUCAAGUACAGAUGGAUUUGUGGUGUAUAGUGAUGCUUCUCACAAGGGUUUAGGCUGUGUACUCAUGCAACAUGGGAAGGUGAUAGCUUAUGCUUCUAGACAGCUUAGACCACAUGAAGUAAAUUAUCCCACCCAUGAUCUGGAAUUAGCUGCAGUUGUGUUUGCAUUAAAGACAUGGAGGCAUUAUAUUUAUGGCGUGACUUGCCAGAUUUUUACAGAUCAUAAGAGUAAAGCUAAUAUGGUAGCUGAUGCCCUUAGUCGCAAGUCCUUUAGUAAUUUGGCCUAUCUCAAAACAGUUCGGCUUCCUUUGUUACUAGAGAUCAGAUCCUUAAGAGUAGAACUAGCAGUGGAUGAUGCAGGAGCAUUGUUAGCAACUCUCAAAGUUCGACCAGUGUUGAUAGAAAGAGUCAGAGAAGCCCAAAAUCAAGAUGAGCAGUUGAGUAAGAUCAGUAAUGAAGUAAGAGAUGGCACACGUACUGACUUUUCUCUAAGGGAGGAUGGAACUUUAAUGUUUGGUGAUAGACUAUGUGUACCCAGAGUAGAAAGCUUGAAGAGAGAGAUUAUGGAGGAAGCCCAUUGUUCUGCUUACUCUAUGCAUCCAGGAAGUACAAAAAUGUACAGAGAUCUUAGAGAAAACUAUUGGUGGCCAGGUAUGAAGAAAGAAAUAGCUGACUUUGUAUCCACAUGCUUAGUUUGCCAACAGAUUAAAGCAGAACAUCAACAUCCAACAGGAAAGCUACAACUGUAA